UUGACAAUGAAAAUUAUGAGGCUUCAGCUAGCUAAGCGUCUAGCUGGGUUUUCAUUGUUGGAUAGAUCAUAGCUGGAUCUUCACCUAGAUCUCUCUACUCUCUAGUUUCAAAUAAUCCAUGAUCAGAUCUGCACCUUAAUCUCUGUAAAUUAAUGGCCAUGUUUCUUCCUCUUACAAUUUUCUUGAUCUCUUUCUCUUCCUUCUCUUCAUCUCCAUCUCUUGCAAAAGACACACUCACACCUGCAGACAUGCUGACAGACAACCAAACCCUAGUCUCAGCCGGUGGAAUUUUCGAGCUUGGCUUCUUCACCGAAACUAUUUCGGGAUAUCACUACCUGGGAAUUUGGUUCAAAGCUGAUGCCACCAAGGUUGUCUGGGUUGGUAACCGCGAUGUUGCUAUAUUGGAUUCCUCCGGUGUGCUACAAAUCCGGUCUGGGAAUCUGCUUCUCUCUGACCGUCGACUAGUGCAAGUCAUAGUCAACGCAGCAAAUGUUGCCUCCUCACCCAACACAACUGCAACGCUUCUGGACACGGGAAAUUUUGUGCUUAAAGAAGCAGAUACAGGCACGGUCUGAGAUUUUGAUAGUAUAUCAUUUCUAUUUCCCCAAUAUUCCCCUUUUUAACAUGUAGCCCUAUUAGAUACAACAUUUGUUUUCAUAGUAUAUCUCUUUCUUUUUAUUGAUCAACUGUUAUUAACUUUAGUACUU